AUGGCUACUAUAACGAUAGCUCCAGCAACAGACACCUCGGAAGCCUCCCGCCAAGACCAAAAUGUCGAUGUGGAAGACAUACAAUCUAUUGGAACGCCCACAUACUCCGGAGACGAGACCCCACCAUCUCAUGCUGUUAGCAUUUCUCCGCGAUGGAAUGAGUCAAAGACCAUGAUAUGGCGGUUGACCGCUACGUGCUGGUGUGCAUUUGUGAUGGGUGCCAAUGAUGCCGCAUACGGUGCCAUUAUUUCCUCUCUGGAAUCUUAUUAUCAGAAAAGCUAUACUGUCAUUUCGCUGGUCUUCUUAUCGCCAUUUUUCGGUUAUGUUAUUUCCGCAAUUUUGAGCUACUCAAUCCACCAUCGUUUUGGUAGAAGAGGCAUUGCCAUCAUCGGACCUACAUGUCAUCUACUCACAUUCGCAGUUAUAUCUGUUCACCCGCCAUUUCCAGUGCUGGUGAUAAUGUACAUUCUUGUGGGGUUGGGGAGUGGUGUUCAAAACGCCGCAUGGAACGUGUGGAUUGGUAACAUGGCAAAUUCAAACGAAGUCCUAGGAUUUUUUCAUGGAUUUUACGGAGUGGGCGCUACAAUCAGUCCUCUCGUAGCGACGAGCUUGAUUUCAAAGGCGGGCUGGCCAUGGUACUCCUUCUAUUAUCUUAUGACCGGUGCCGCUGCUCUUGAAAUUCUUUACGCUUCAUGUGCAUUUUGGACCGAGACUGGAGCUAAAUAUAGACAGGAAAGCGCUGGCACUACCGUUAGAGGAGGAGCGCUUCACCAGACCCGACUUGCUCUCACGUACAAGGUCACCUGGAUUGUCGCGGUUUUCCUCUUCCUCUAUGGAGGAACAGAAGUGGCUAUUGGAGGAUGGAUCGUUGUGUUCAUGACGGAUGUCCGUCAUGGCAGUGCCUUUGCAUCCGGAAUGACAGAAACAGGCUUCUGGCUUGGCGUCACAAUGGGUCGAUUCGUGCUAGGCUUUGUAUCGCCUCGAAUUGGCGAGAAACUGGCGAUAACGGUCUACAUUCUUUGUGCCAUCGCGCUCGAGCUCAUCUUUUGGCUUGUCCCGGAAUUCAUUGUUUCCGCGGUGGCGGUGUCGCUUGUCGGCUUCUUUUUGGGAACCAUAUUUCCGGGCGUUGUGGUAGUUGCGACGCGUCUUCUACCAAAGAACCUCCAUGUAGCAGCUAUUGGAUUUGCUGCUGCAUUUUCCAUGGGCGGAGGCGCUAUAUUUCCCUUCAUGAUCGGUGCCAUCGCACAAGCGAAGGGGGUGAGCGUUCUUCAACCUGUCCUGCUGGCAAUGUUGGCAGUUGCAUUGGGCAUUUGGUCCACCCUUUUCAGA